UGUAUUAUGGUAAGUGUAGAUUACACAAAGGGCCCCCGGCGGAGAGCGCUCCGUCUAGUCAGUUUCUGUCUCUACAACUGACCAGCAAGAUGUGAAUUUGUCUCUGGAAAUUAUUUUUCACGUGGGGGUGUCGUUCGAUAGACCACGCAACCCCCCCCCCCCUCCAACUCCAGGGAGAACAUGCUCUAAGGCUGGGUCUUUGCAUUUUGAUAUGGGACAGUGCUACAUGCAUCAGAAAAGGAGAUCCCUUUGUGGGUGAGGAAGCAGACCAAGCCAAGAUGGAAUGAAAGAAAGUAAGACCGGGACUAUCUGAUCUGAGAAGGUGCCAAGCAAUCUUCAGUUGGAGCAGCCAUUGCCGUGUUUUCUUCCGAAGUCAGCAACUGCACGUGAAUCACCAUGGCAACCAAGCAACCCCCACCUCUAAUGAAGAAGCAUAGCCAGACAGACCUGGUGAGCCGACUCAAGACACGGAAGAUCUUGGGAGUUGGAGGGGAAGAUGAUGAUGGGGAAGUUCAUAGGUCUAAGAUCAGUCAAGUCCUGGGCAAUGAAAUAAAAUUUGCUGUGCGGGAACCCUUGGGGCUCAGGGUCUGGCAAUUCGUCUCUGCCAUCGUAUUCUCUGGGGUCGCCAUCAUGGCUCUCACUUUCCCUGAUCAGCUCUAUGACGCCGUCUUUGAAGAAGAAUCCGUCAACAGCAAGACUCCCAUCAGGCUGUAUGGAGGAGCCCUCCUCAGUCUCUCCCUUAUCAUGUGGAAUGCCCUGUACACAUCUGAGAAGGUAGUCAUCCGUUGGACCCUGCUGACAGAAGCCUGUUACUUUGGGGUGCAGUUCCUAGUUACCACCAUCACCCUUGUUGAGAGUGGCCGGAUAUCCACAGGUGCCAUGCUCCUCCUCACCAGCCGGAUCUUCUUCAUCCUUAUCACCGUUUACUAUUAUUACCAAGUUGGACGGCGACCCAAGAAAGUCUAAUCUCUGAGGCUUUCUGGGGGAGGGGAGUCGGGGUUUCUGUUAGUAACUUUGCAUUCUUUUUUUGGUGGUUCCUUCUUGUUCUAAAGCAAUUACCUUUUCCACUUACCAGCAUGAAUCCAUGUGCAAACCCAGUGCUGGCACCAUUGCCACAUGAAGUGCAGGGGGAGAGCCGACCUCUGCAGCCCCUCCCCUACCAUAUUCUGCCUAGAAAAGGCAAGUGAACACAGCAGGGAAGGCUGACAAGAUGUAAGGACCAGUCAGGCUCGUGGACAAUGGAGGAAGCUGGCCAGUGGAAUCACAAACUCAGAAACCUUUUCAGCAAAGCACAAAAUGAUAGCAGCACACACAAACUGAAUCCCAAAGGGGAGAGGAAGCAAAGGCAGCCAGCCAAGGACUCAGUCCAGCUCCUGUAGGCUUGGAGCUGUUCAUUUGCCUUGCUCUCACACCUAUAGCCUUUCUCCCUUUAGUGAGCAGAUUUCAGAACUAAUCCUGGCCAGCCCCCUAAGGCAGGGCUGCUGACACAGCUCCAAUCAGGUAGUGUCGUGGUUUUUUUAGAGACAACACCCAAUGUAUUUACUCUGUGCUGACAGAUCCUAUAGGAAUGCAGGACACACGGAGUUAAAUACAGCAAGAAAAGAGGGUGGCAUCUUUAUUCCCUUUUCCAACACAGUCCCGUGAAACACAGCCAAGCUACAUCCAAAUCUUGUGUGGAUCUCUUUGAGGGAGAGUGGUGUAAAAGGAUGGAGAAAGAACACUUGGGUUGCAUUAGGGGAGAAAUGUAAAGAGCUGUUGAAUAGUCUCUAAGAAUGAAUAAGCCUCAUUGUCUUGGAAGUUUGGUAUAUAGUCUGCUGCUGCUUGUAUUUUUUUCCUUAAUUCCUAUUGCAGUAGUUCCCCUGUGGGUAAUGCUAGUGAGUGCUCUCGCAUAGAUCAGCCAAUGCCACUUUAACCAGUCCCCUACUUCGGUCUAGAUAAGGCCAUGGUUAAAAUACUCCUUAUGUCCUGUCUAUGCUAGAGCACCCAUCUUUGCUACUGCUUGUGGAGCUGUGUCACUAUUAAAAGGCUUGUGCCAAUGAGGACUGCAGGGGGUAAAUCACUGUCUGUGGCUACUUGUGUGAAUCUACUCUAGUAAAGUGAGGGACUAGAUGAGCCAGCUGGUCUUCUCCACUCCUAAUGUACCAAUUUCCUUUUGGAUUCAGCAGAAAAAAGGACCAAAUGCUGAGGUCUUGUGUCUUCAGGAUCCUAUUUGGAUGGGAUAAAAGUACUACUUGUGCCUUUUCAGGCAUUCUAGGACUUUGCUGUUCUCUGACCAUUUCCUCCUAUUGCUCUUGAGGCUGAGGAGGACUGGUUCUUCUACGCUUCUAGUGACAAUCCUGGAGAAGAAAGUACCUUGCCCCCCACGCUUUCCAGUACUAUGCUGCUUGUUCUCCACGGGACUGAAACCAGAAGGAUUGGCUAGAUGGCAUGGACUUAUUUAUGCACCAACAGGGGGAGCUAUUGAGCUGAACCAGUAUGUGCACAGGAGUAGAGCUGACAGCCCUGGAAUGAGCAUGGGCAGGCUCCUGGCUGUUGAGAAUCAGAACUGAGGUGGCUGCUGAAGAACAUUAGCUUUAAGGGCCCCGUAGCCAGGAAAAAAAAUCCCUGAUUAAAGUUAACAUGGACAUCCACUGAGCAUUCAUAGUAAAGCCUAGUGCAUUUUCACUACCGCUCUCCCCCAAAGCCUGUUUACCUGCUUCUGGUGUUUACAAACAGCUGCAUGAACUUGGUCUGCUGCGUGUAUUGCAAUGUCUGGGUCAAGGGGGAACACUGAAAAUAUUGGAGCGGUUACUAAAUGUGAUGACUGGGAAAAAAAGAACUUGAUACCUCUUGCUGCUCUUAGCCUGGGGCGAAACUCUGGACCCUAAGCUACUUGCUAAUGGUGCAGGUGUUGUAACUCUCCAGCCUGGCCAGUAGAAGAGCAUGUAUAUAGUUAAAAUUCAUCAUGAUCCUCAGGGGUACUGUCUGGAAUGGAACCUGUAACUAUGUGGAUCCUGGGUUAAUUUUAUUUCAGCAGGAAUAGGCAGGCAGGAGGACAGUAUCUUUCUUUGAGGGGGGGGGGGGGGGUAGAAAAGUGCUGCCCCCAGCAUACACCAUGGGCAACCAGGGCUGAGCUUGUAUUAAUCAAUGCACCAUAGCUCAAUAGGCUUUAGCUCUGAACCACUGUCAGAAGGCCCCACCUGUGAACCUGUCAUGGCAGUGAACCACCUCUGCAUCUGAAGCCCCAGCCCCCUUCCCUGGUUCCUGGAUGGGAAUGUUCAGAAGAGGGUUUUGCUGCUCUAAUUUCAAGUGUUUGAGCAAAUGGGUAGCUGCCACAAUGAUUCUGUCCUCUGGUGUGUGUUACCCCCUCAGUGAGCUGGAGAGAGCAGAGGGGUGGGAGGGGGGGCAGCUGGCUCUGAGAGGUAAUUCAAUGCUAAAGGCCUGCUCCCAGGAAGAUGGAUAGAAUGGAGCAUUAAAACCAACCUACUCUGCAAUGCUCAGAGCAUUUUUUUUUUUUUUUUUUUUUAAAUCUUGUAACCAAGUCCUAGUGGUGCCCUAGGGACUGGGGAAAGGAGGGAACAGUGGGGGGGAAGUCAUUUGCAAAUUAAUAUGCUCUAGUGAUGAGGACAGAGUAUAUGGAACAUCAGGUGGUCCCAUGCCUGUGUGGGUAUGUUUACACCAGAGCGGGAAGGUUAGAUAGGGCUGAAGAAGCUGGUUAGCCCAUGCUGCUGUAGCUGCACUUCCAGUCAGAGUAUGAGCUUGAUCAACUCUCUCUCUAAGCUGCAGUGGGGCUGUCUCAGGGUACUGGAAUUUACACCUCUCAGCUCUAAUGUAGAGAGAGAUGUACCCUGUCUGAGAAGAGGUGUAUGCAAUCCUCCCUAGCAAUCACUAGUUACCCAUGGCUGACUCUACAAGGGACAGUGAGAGGGAUCAGGGCUGGAGCACUGUGGCUAUUUCUAAGGGAAGGAUCCAGGCAAUACCACGCAGCACUGCCAGAAGCUUAUAGCUAGCAGGGGGUUGCUGCCUCACUUUGGGCUUUACUGGGGGAGUUUACAAUUGUAUUUUAGAAUUAAAUCCUACAGGAGAGAGGAACCAGGUAUUAGUCACUGCUGGGUGGUUCCUUCCACUCUUUUAAGGUAGGUUAGGCAGCAGCAGCACCACCUUGCUGAAGUUUCACAGGGAUUGGGCCUAGAAGCAUGAGGACAAUUGCUAAGUGGCAGCACAGGCUAGCAGUCAAGAACACAGUUGGGAGGCAAAAAUUAUUAGGCUUUAAUCCUGGCUCUGCCACUGACUAGCUAGAUGAUCUUGGCCAAGUCACUUCACCUUCCAGCCAUCAGUUUCCCCAUCUCUGAAAUGAGGGUAAUGAACCUGACUUACCUUGACGGAGAUGGGGGGACAGCAUUGCAAGGUGUUUGUACAGCCCUCUGCACAGCAGAGAAGUAUUCUCCAGGUGCCUGAGUUCUGAACAGAGACGAGCCUGCAGUUACAGAGUGGGUUUCUCCAAAUGGUUCCUGUGUCUGCAAUGGGCAGAACGAAAACCUUGGAUUCUUACAGCCCAAAACUUAAGGUGAGGGAGGUUAAAAAUUCAAGCAGGUUCCUUACUGACCUCAAGGCAAGCUAGCAUUGGCACUGGGGAGGAGAAAGGCUCUCUAGUCCCACUGCCACUCCCUCGGCCAGCCAGCCUUUCCUGUCUCUUAGGUUUUUUGGAUUCAGUUUAUACCUCAUCUUAUCUGAGUUUAUUCCUCCUUUGGUGAGAAAAGUGACUGUACUUAACAUAAAAAACCCCCAAUCAUGUGAAUAGUGAAAAUUAAAGAUGUCCCACAGCACUGUCACAAUACCUUUAUUUAUUUAUUUAUUUAUUAAGAAAUGCACACAACCUCUGCAGAAUGCUUCAGGCUCAUGUUCUGGUUUAUAUUACAAAAAAUCCUUUCAAUAUAAAAAGCAUUACAAUAGGCAAUAAAGGAUAAAUUAGCUCCACUAUCUAAUAAAAGGAACAUUUACAAUUUUUAAAAUAGAUUUCAACGUUCUUUCACACGCAGGCUGUUUCCCAGGCACUCGCAACAGUAAUUUAAGAGUUAAAUAAUCGAGACGGAGGGGUGGACUUACAGAAACAAACUGCUCUAGAUAAUUCUACAGCAUGGGGGCUAACACUGUGGUGACUCUAUAUAAGUUGCUUUCCUACACAGAGCUCUCAAGUGAGGAGUGAUUAUACCUCAACACCCUGCCCCCAAAAGAACUCAAAAGGGAAAAAAUUGUUUGUUCCUCCUGGCUAGAGCUCUGGGAAGAACAAGACCCAGCAUUGUUGAUUAUACAGCAUGAGACCACAGACAAAGGCAGUGACACAUCAUGGUGAUCAAAAAACAAAACUUGUGUCUCACAGUAACAAAGGAUCCCCCAUUCUGGAGUCUCCUUUUCAUUAAAAUGCCAUACCUCUCCCCAGCAUUUCAGAUGACCCAAGAUGGCUGGAACCUACAUGAGGGGUUUGUGCAUAUCUUAACAGCUGUCUCAAUUUCUUUAUUGGAGGGUGCUGCUUUCUGGAUUCUCGAGUGUGUCUCAGGACAGGAUGAGAAUUCAAAAUGAUCUUAAACUGGAGAAAUACUCUGAAGUAAAUAGGAUGAAAUUCAAUAAGGACAAAUGCAAAGUAAUCCACUUAAGAAGGAUUAAUGAAUUGCACAAAUACAAAAUGGGAAAUGACUGCCUAGGAAGGAGUACUGCAGAAAAGGAUCUGGGGGUUAUAGUGGAUCACAAACUAAAUAUGAGCCAACACUGUAAUGGUGUUGCAAAAAAGCAAACAUCGUUCUGGGAUGUAUUAGGAAGAGUGUUGUAAGCCAGACAGGAGAGGUAAUCCUUCCACUCUAGUCAGUACUGAUAAGGCUCUUCUAAAGUACUGUGUCCAGUUCAGGGCACCACACUUCGGGAAAUGUCAACAAAUUGGAGAAAGUCCAGAGGAGAGCAACAAAAAUAUUUAGAGCUCUAGAAAACAUGACCUACAAGGAAAGAUGGAAAAAAAUAGGAUUUGUUUAAUCUGAUGAAGAGAAAGCGAGGGGAGACAGGCCAUGAUAAUAGUCUUCAAAUAUGUAAAAAAAGAAAGAGGAAAUAUGUUAGAAAGAGGAAAGUGAAAAAUUUUCUCCUUAUCAACUGAGGACAGGACAAAAAGUAAUGGUCUUAAAUUGCAGCGAGGGCGAUUUAGCUUAGACAUUAGGAAGAACUUCCUGUCAGGGUGGUUAAGCACUGGAAAAAAUGACCUGGGGAGGUUGUGGAAUCUCUGCCAUUAGAGAUUUGGAAGAACAGGUUAGACAAACACCUGUCAGGGAUGGUCUAGAUAAUACUUAGUCCUGCCAUGAGUGCAGGAGACUGGAUUAGAUGACCUCUUGAGGUCCCUUCCAGUCCUACAUUCCUGUGAUUCUAGCCCUUUAAAGAGAGGAUAUGAAGGUUUCAGCAAGAUCAUCAGCACAGCCAUACUGGGUCAGACCAAAGGUCCAUCUAGCCCAGUAUCCUGUCUUCGGACAGUGGCUAAUGCCAGGUGCUUUGGAGGGAAUGAACAGAACAGGUAAUCAUCAAGUGAUCCAUCCCCUGUAGCCUAAGGUGAGAAUGGGGGUAGAUGACAACUGCAUAACAGAGGCAGGGAGGACAGAAAAAGGGAAAGAAAGGAGAAGAGACAAGAGGGGUGUAUGGGUGAGAUAAGAGAGAAAGACAAGAUGGAAAAAAGAAAAGUUCUUUUCUAUGAGAGAAAAAGGGACACAGGAAGAGACUAAAUAAAUGGGGGAAGGCGAGAGAACAGCCAUGACAGGAAAAGAAUAGAGGGAAUAAAAAAAGAUAAAAAAAAGUGAUAAAUAGGAAAAUGAAAGGGGAAUAAGCCUGGAAAGGCAACAUUUAGGGUUUGCUAUUGUAGUUAUCCCUGUUCCUCUAUUGGACUGUGCACAUGCUGACAGACUCUACUCUGGAAAAGGCACACUCAGAAGGAUGUCCUUUGAAUCAGAUUCUUUGUGCUUGUAAGCAGAGCUGUGUUUUUCAUUUUCAAUUACACAACCCUAGGCCAGGCAGGGCCUUCUCCUCCAUCUGCUAAAUUUCAAGACGCGAUCUGGGCCAAAGGGAACCUUUCACAAUAGAGUAAUUAAGGGGACUCUGAAAGCAAAGAAGAUGGGUUGCUCCUCCAGCCACCAAGAAUUCUAGCUGUCACAGGUUAGGCACCCAGCCAGAGAUCCAGACACCAACUGACAAGAACAAACACUCUUUCCUGCUGUUUAUGGUGUUUUGGAUGUUAGCUAUUCAGAUUCUAUUGCCAGCUACAGAUUCUGGCUAUUAUAAGCUGAGUAAUGGGGGUUGUUUUGGCUACUACUUCCUCCCCUUCCCCCCACACCUUAACAACUGUGUUCUUUUUAGUUUUUUUCCUCCCUUGGGAAUCACUCUCUUCAGUGUGCACAGUGACUAGCUCUUGGGGCAGGGUCACACAGCCUUUUCCCUUCAUCUGCCUGUAUCUAGAGAGGAACAUCAAUUAUUGAGUCUGUCCCCAUCCCAGUGGAUUAGCACAAUGUUAUGGCUCAGUUUCCCCUAUGCACACACCUCUCGUGGUGGGUUGACCACUCAAAAACUCCUCCCACGCUAGACCAUUAAGUGCAGCCGAUUGUUUUUUUUUUU